AUGACCGUCUUUAACCUAACUACAGACAGUAACAACAUCAUUUUACCGCUGAAUCAUGUUUUAAUAGAUUACAAUAGAUCGUUACCUUUAUAUAUCAAUAGUAACGGUUCUUUUACAUUUCAUUAUGCUGUAUGGCCUUAUAUUUGUCUAUUUACGAUUGUUGCUGUAGUUUGGCUUUCGCUCUAUCUUUCAACAAUAUAUGCACGUCGACAUCUUGCAAAACAUGGACGAUAUCGAUUAUCUUCAAUUUGUCAAACACAAGAUAGUACUAUGGGUGGUGAAUAUGAAACUUCACGAGUAUUAUCAACGAUACAAGUCUAA